AUGUCGAUCACUUCAAUGAGCGGCUUCAUGUCCCGCUAUUCCCCUCUCUCCGACCGGCGCUCGGCGGCCGACGAGGACAACGAGAAGGAGAUGCACCUGCCCCUGCAAUCCGAUGUCGAGGGACAGAAGCGUUAUGAGGUCGCAGAGAAAAAGGCCUCCCGUUGGGUUGACGGUCGCACUGUCUCCGAUGCCAUCAUCGGGCUUUCGGAUGGCAUGACGGUCCCCUUUGCGUUGACUGCGGGAUUAUCAGCCCUGGGAGAUACCAAAGUGGUUGUUUUUGGCGGCAUGGCCGAGCUCAUCGCGGGCGCUAUCUCCAUGGGACUGGGCGGAUAUCUCGGCGCAAAGAGCGAAGAUGAUGACGAACACUCUAUCGGUCUUGAGACCAACCACCUUGCUAACCCGUCGUCUCGCUGCAGAGAAUCCUACAAGGCCACCCUCAAAGAAACCGAGAAUCAAACCAUGGCCGACCCGGCCUCCAUCUCCACCACCAUCGAGGAGAUCUUUGAGCCCUACGAGCUCCCCGCCGAACUGGUCUCCCAACUGACCUCCCACCUCUCCGCCUCUCCCAUGCUCCCAUCCUUCCUCAUGAACUUCCAACACACCCUCGCCGAACCAUCCGGCUCCCGCGCCGUCAUCUGUGCCCUCACCAUCGCUCUAGGCUACUUCAUCGGUGGCUUCGUGCCCCUUGUGCCAUACUUCUUUGUCGGCCCGCACGAUGCCUUCAUCGCGCUGCGCUGGUCUAUCGCAACCAUGGCCGUUGCCCUGUUCAUGUUCGGGUACGGCAAGACCUGCUUCGUGAGCGGUUGGCGUGGGCGGAGGAAUGUGCGCAAAGGCAUGGUUGGUGGGGUCCAGAUGGUUCUUGUCGGAGGCCUGGCGGCUGGGUCAGCAAUGGGGCUGGUCAAGCUGUUCCAGAUGCUGGCGGAUGGACCGGAGCACGCCCACCACGACUAA